AGAGGGAAGCCCCUGUGGCGAGGGGAGUCCUUGUGCGGAAGGGUCCCCGUGAGCCCGGGGAAGGGGAUACAGACCCCUCUUGUGCAGGCCUCCCUCCCUCCCGCCCGCUCCGAGCUCCCUGGCCCUGCGGCGGGGCUGUCACGGGGAGAGUCCGGCUUCGGGAGCCCCCGGGGCGCCCUCAUUGUGUACAACCCUUCGCUUCCCGGGGUGCGCCCGGAGGAGCGCGGGGGGCCGGGGGCGGGGGCUCCCCCCAGCGGCGCUGCCCGGCUUUGCUCGGGCCCCCUUCCCCAGAGGCGCUUGUGUCCGCCUGGGGAUCGGUCGGGAAGACGAGAGCUAGCCUGGCGGAGCCGGCCGGCCUCCGGGGCGGGAGCCGGGGGAGUCACGGACGGGAUCCAGGACCUUCCUUCGGGGAGACUGGGGCUCGCGUUAACUAGGAGCCAGGUCCCAAUUGGAGAACAGGGAGAAGCAGGCGGAGCCGGCCCGGCAGCGCCGGGGGCGGCGAGCGUCUGGGUCUCCUCCUUUCUCUCCGAGUUAUGGUCCUGGGAAACAGGUUCCCCUCCACGCAGGGCUGCCGCACGGACAAUUAUUGGCGUCGCGGGGACUGCCGAGGGUCAUUGAGUUACGAGUCCCACCGAGAUUCCCCAGCCCCGGACUGGCCUGUCCCUGCAGCGCCGACUACAGGAAACUCCGGGAAGGUUUUAGGGGCGCCGAGCCCCCAUUUCAGAAAAGGGCUCCCAGAGCAUCCCCUGGUCCCAGGGGACCGAGCCUGUUCGUUAUGCCCCAGGAGAAAGGCUAACCCGGACACAGGCCCAACGCCUGACACCGUAAAUCUAAUGUGCAUAGACUUGUAUAUCGGACAGGGGCUGGAGAAACUGUGAAGGAAGAGGAGCCUCAAGCAUCUUUCCGAACUUACUGAUUUACUUAAAAAACUUAGAUCCUGGAGAUAGAAAGCUUGAAAAGCUACAGGCUCACUUCAUGAGCAAGAGCGUGGCAUGUUAGCUUACGGCUACUUCUAUCCUCAAGAGGCUUACCUGGAAUACCUGAAGAGCAUCCACUACAUUUCCCAGGUGCUGCUGGAAGAAGCAGGGACUACAAAAGACGGGGGUGACACUGUGACUUCAGACACUCCAAAGAUGCUGAAGCUGGCUGAGCAGUGUUUGGAAAGGGCCAAGUCAACAGCUGCCAAACUGGGGACAACCCAACUGAAACCAACCAUCCCAAUGGCUCUUCCAGGCCACAAUCCAGCCAGCCGACACCGCAGGGUAUAUUCAGAUGAGGGAGGAAAACUGUGUCCCUUUCUACCCCCUGAAAUCUUCCAGAAGCUGCAGGUGGUUGAAUCACAAAGUUCUAAGAAGGAACUGACCCCCCUGGAAGAGGCUUCAUUACAGAAUCAGAAGCUGAAGGCCUCCUAUGAGGCCCGGAUGGCCCGGCUGAAUCCCAGCCAGGCAGUGCAGAAGACAUCUUUGACUCUGUCCUUGCAGCGGCAAAUGAUGGAGAAUCUGGUAAUUGCCAAAGCCCGGGAGGAGACACUACAAAGAAAGAUGGAGGAGCGCAGGCUGCGGCUGCAGGAAGCUGCUAACAGGAGGUUUUGUAGCCGUGUAACCCUGACUCCGGAAGAGCAGGAGCAGCGGGCCCUCUAUGCUGCCAUCUUGGAGUAUGAGCAAGACCACGAUUGGCCGAAGCACUGGAAAGCCAAACUGAAGAGAAACCCCAACGACCUCUCCCUGGUGACCAGCCUGGUCUGCCACCUCCUCAGUUUCCCCGAUCACCCGGUCUCCCAGCUGCUGAAGAAGCUGCAGUGUGCUGUGUACAACAGGCUGUACCCCAUUAUCAGCAAGCAUGCUGCCGACUCUAAGACCAGCCUGGGCUGCCCUUCCCUUUCCUUGGACACCGAGGGGCUGCUGGCCCCCGGCAGUCGGAGGCUUCGAGCUUCCCAGAGCCUCUACUGCAUGUUCUCCCACCCUGAGCCUGUCAGGCUGAACCAGGAAAACUCCCCAGCUGCCCUCCCCGCCCCCCUGCCGCCUCCCGGCCCCCCGGACAAAGAGACGGAAGGCAGCUCUGCCGGCUCCCCUUCGCCCGGCCUGCUGGACAAGGACAGCUCCUUUGAGGACCUGGAGCAUCUCUUAGCAGCUCCGGACACUUGGGCUCGAGGGCCCGGGGGGCUCACAGGGUCACAGACCCCCGGCAAGAAGCCGCUGACGUUGCCAGAGCAGCUGAAGAGCAUUGUAAAGGAUGUGCACAACGCUGUUGACAGAUUGCUUUCCCUUACUCUCCUGGCAUUUGAAGGCUUAAACACAGCCGCCUCCAAGGAUCGAUGUCUGGCCUGCAUUGAGGAGCCUUUCUUCUCCCUGCUGUGGGCACCUCUGCUGGCUCUCUACAGGAUUGUCUAUCAAGCCCGAGAAACGGCCCUCAGAAGGAGUAUGGAACUCUGUGGAAAUAUGCCUCCCUCUGCCCUGGGCAUUGCUUCCAAGCUCUUCCCUCAGGAGUCGGGGCUCCGAGGGUCGGCUUCUUACCCUUACUGUACUGCAGUCCAAGAGCUGGGGCUGAUGGUUCUGGAGAGCUGUCCUCAGAAGAAGCUGGAGUGCAUUGUUCGAGCUCUUCGCACAAUCUGUGAGUGCGCCGAGGAAUACUGCGGGGUCAGGGAAUCGCGCCUGCAGCCCAGUACCAUGGCCAUUGGUGCCGAUGAUCUGUUACCCAUCCUGUCUUAUGUGGUGUUGAAGAGUAACCUCCCCCAGCUGGUGUCUGAAUGUGCAGCCCUGGAGGAAUUCAUCCACGAGGGGUAUCUGAUUGGAGAAGAAGGCUACUGUCUGACCUCCCUGCAGAGUGCCCUGAGCUAUGUGGAGCUGCUGCCACGGGGGGCUUUGGUGAAGUAGCGGGAAGGAAGAGGCGCUACCUUAGUCCCGCCGGUCCGUGGAGGAGGAUGGAUCAGCCAUCCCUGGGAGAUCCCUGAAGACCUGCAGCCAUCCACUCCCCCCCACUUCUUCCCAGAGGGAACCCAGCCACCCCUAGAGAAAAGCUGAGAGACCUCCACCUCCAAGACCAAGCUUGCCUGUGGCAGGCAGUUGGAGAGCGCUCUCCUAGCUUUAUUUAUCUUCAAGUUCUCCUAACCUCUGUGUACCAGAGGCAGCAGAACAUUUGGGAAAUGGGCACAAACCCUUAAAAAUGUGGUUUCUGCCCUUCAUCUUCUAGGCUUUUUAUCUCCUCCUCAAAUCUGCCCCCACCACAGGCAGCUAAUGACAAGACUGGUGUCCCCAAAGCAGCUUUCCCCAGAACCCUGGGCAUCUGCUUUCCCUUCUCCAAGACUAGGGAUGGGGAAGGGGCCUUCAGCAGUCGGGGUACUUCUGAACCUCCCGAGAUGAGCCCCUGGCUGCUUGCAUUUGCUUCUGUGAAUGCAGCUGUAAACAUUAAGUGAGGCAGCUAGAAAGUUCCCUCCCCUCCGUCAAGGCUGCCUCCCUAGCUCCUUGCUGUCCGGCUUGUCCUGAAAGACUGGCUCUGUUCCUAAUUGCUAACGUGGAGGCCAAAGGCCUUGAGGUUGGCGUGGCAAGCUCCAUACCCGUCCCCUCUGAGCGGGCCCUGGGGGACAUUCCGCCCACCCCCAAUGUGGCUCCAUCAGAGCCUAAGAGGUUGUGGGUCCUCAAGGAGGGCAGAGCUGGGGAGAACGAGUACUGAACAGGAGCAGCCCCAGAGCAGAGGAAAGGGGGCCCAUCUGAGAAAACUGAAGGAAGAAAUGAGUCAGCAAGCUAGAAGGAAGGCCGGACCCUGCAGUCGGCCGGGAGGGGCUCUCAGCCUCCUGGACCAGGGUGAGCUCAGGGUGCAGAGGAUGGGCUCCAAAGCAAGCAGUGGAGCCAGCAUUGGCAAAGGGGCUGCCUUGCCCGCAGCCUGUGCCCCUAUUCAUCUCACCAACAGCUCUAAGCCCUGGAUGCCCGACUAGGGCAGUGGUGGCCCUCAAAACUCAGGCUAUGAGGUGGUUUUCCAACCCCUUCCUGAGGGAAGAAUCCCGAGGUCCUGGCCUGGGAAGUCCCAGCCUGAGCUGCUUUAGAGAGUGCACUCAGAAAAGAGCUGGCCCAGAAUCAAAUGUCUGAUUAUAGUCAGUGGACAGGAAGCUGCCACGUCCCUUAGAAUCGUCUCCUCCUGCCCCUCUCCUCCACAGAGCCCGAAUGCAAAGGGAAGGGAGUUCUUUGCAGACCCCCAAGCCUUGGUGCUAGACAGGGAGCGCCCUGCUGUGGGGAAGGGGGGCAGGCUUGGGAACAUAGGGGGCUGCGCUUUCCAGCCUGAGCACAGCAGGACCACUGCUGGGAGUUAACAUUCACUGAGGACUCCUUGGUGUGAGCUCUGGUGAGGGGCUGUGGCCCUCCUUGGAGAUGGAUUUCUUCUAAGAAACCAGGGAGCAGAAGAAUGUAGGCUUCUGGGCUUUGGUUUUUUCCCUCCCCUCGUGACUGGUUAUACUAACACUGUAUUGUAGUUCUUUAUGGGGCCAAACUGUCCUAGAGAUCCUCCUAGAAAGGCCUGGAAUUUUUAAGCUAUUUUGAGAUAGAAACAAUUGUACUAUAUUUAUUUAUUUAUUUGUUCGGUGUGCCUUGCUAUACCCUAGAAUUCAUCUGGGAGAACCUGGGAUGAUUGCUCUCCUUGUCUUAGGGAUGCUGAGGCUUAUCUUAGGCUGCUCUCUCCCCUCCCUGGCCUCCCUCCCCGUCACAAGGGAAGCUCUCCAGGACCUCUGGUUCUCAGAGAGCCCCUGCUCGCACUCAUGGCCUGGACCUUGCCAGUGGCGGUGCUGGUCUGGCUCUCUCCUGAGCCAAGAUUCUCCUGGACCCAGGCUUUUCACAUCAAAUUAGGACCCCCUCCCUUGACUUUCCUUGUGUUCUCUCCUAGGUCAAUGUGAAUCCUUUGAUGUCCUAUGAGCAAAAGCUAAUUCAUCCUCCCAUUAUCUUUGGAAAGGGCCCUAAAGGGGCCCUGGGUGGGACAGACUCCACCUUGACUUUGGCCCCAUGCACCUGGACUGUGAUAAUGUGUCAGAAAGACAGGCCCGGAGGCUUGGGAAAUAAACAGGUCACUAUUAGC